AUGGAUUUAGUCCAACCCCCCCAGGGAGGGGUUUUGGCAGAGAGACUGGAGACUGAAGGUGCAUAUGGAUAUCAGCAACCUGUUUAUCAGCAGACCUCUAUGAUCCCUAUUGAGGAUUUCCAGUUCCACAAAUGGCUUGGCCAAGGAAAUUUUGGAAAGGUCUUUAUGGCAGAACAUAAGAAGACAGGGAAAAAGGUUGCCAUUAAAAUGAUGGAAAAGCUACAAAUCUGUUGCAAUCAAAUGACAGAAAGCCUUUUCCUGGAAAGGGACAUUUUAAGAUUGUCGAGAAACUCCAGAAACCCUUUCCUGGUUAGUUUGGUCUGCGCUUUCCAGAGAGAACAUCACGUGUACAUAGCGAUGGAGUUUGCUGCUGGGGGCAGUUUGGCUUCCCACUUGGGCAACGGAGCCCUCCCCCAUACAAGCACUUUAUUUUAUUCAGCCUGCAUUGUACUUGGAAUUAAGUUUUUACAUGAGAACCGAAUCGUCCACAGAGAUUUAAAGCCUGACAAUAUUGUUAUAGACAGUGCCGGAUAUGCGCAACUUGCAGAUUUUGGACUGUGCAAAGCAGGAAUUGACUUCAGAGAUGUUAUGCCCUACCCAUGUGGAACUAUAAGUUACUGUGCCCCUGAAAUGUUUUCAGGAGAGGGCUACAAAAGAACCGUGGACUGGUGGUCUUUAGGUGUAAUCAUCUAUGAAAUGGCCGUCGGCAAGAUGCCCUUCCACGGAAAUAAGGAGGUCUUGCUUGAUAGUAUUCUCAAUAAAGAACCAGAAUACCCAGCCGGCCUGGAUGGUGGAACCAGAGUGAUAAUAAAAGAGCUUUUAGAGAAAGACCCUGAAUACCGGCUCGGAUCACUAAGAAAUGAUGGUGAAGAAGUGAUGAAUUUUAGCUUCUUCAACCCAAUAAUGUGGAACGCGCUCAUGGCCAAGCAGAUUCGCGCUCCGUUCGUCCCGAGCCAAGAUAUCGUGCAGAGCAAAGCUGGAAAUGAUGGGGCUAUUGUAACCCCCCACAACUGCACGAGUAGGAUUUCCCAUUUUACACAAAAGGCCUUUAUAGGAUUUGAUAUGUUGCCAGAAGACUCCUCAUAAUGAUGAUGAGGAUACACUGAUGAACAAGAUAUGCUUGGGGAGACAAAGGAUGGAGGAUGGAGGACUGGAUGGAGGA